UUGUAUACCUAGAAGGAUUCUCCUCUGUUGUCCCAGGUGGCCCAUGAGGACAAACGCUUGGCGCAUACCUGGAAGGCCAGGAACUCUUCUUGAGGGUCAGCAGCAGCAGCUGGAGACCCCGGAGGACCCAGAAGAUGAUGACGGAGAAGAAGCGCCUGCUCUCCCCUCAGACAUAUCGGAGGCUUCUCCAAAUCUUCAUUGGAUGGAUUCUUUUACACAAAGGAAAUGGGGAGCCUUUCAUCCUUGGAGUUGGGACAAAGCACAUGACGGACACGAGGACGAAGAAAAACUUCAUGGGACAUCCCCAGAAAGAGUGGAGAAUGAAAACAAGAACUGUGGGAUCAGAGAUCAAUCACGAAGGCGGAGGAAAAACAAGCCUCACCGUUAUCUGAGAGGAGUUGUCUGUGAAGAAGAAGAGGAAAAGGCAAAAAAUAGACGACUCCAUGUCCUUCAGAGCUCAGAGUUUGGGCUAAGGAGCUCUCUGGGGAAAAGCCCAGUGAAAUGUCCAACAUGCCACUCAGAGGAAAAUCUGUGUCACUGUUUGGAGCAUGGAGAGAGUUCCAGAAGGAGCCCAGAACAUCCAGGAUUUCCCACAGGAAAGAAACCUUAUGAAGACUCAGAGUCUGAAAAAUGCUUCAGUGUUAGCUCAGCUCUUCACAUCACUCAGCCGGUGCGCUCAGAAGGAGAAGUGUAUAAAGGUGAAGAUUGUGGCAAGAGCUUCAAGGGAAGGCCUGGACUUAAGGAACAUCAGGGAAUGGACAGUGAGAAGAGGUGCCACAAAUGUUAUGAAUGUGGAAAGGGCUUCAUGAGUCAUUCACAUCUCAGAGAACAUCAAUUAAUUCAUACAGGAGAGAAACCCUUUCCCUGUGAAGAAUGUGGGAGGAGGUUCACUAAACGCUUCAAACUUGUAGAACAUCAACGAAUUCACUCAGGAGAAAAACCUUAUACAUGCAAACUAUGUAAAAACAGUUUCACUCUUUCCUCAACUUUCAAAGCACAUCAGCGCCUUCAUACGGGGGAGAAGCCCUUUCAGUGUAAAGUAUGUGGGAAAAAGUUCAGCUACUGUUCAAACCUCACCGUACAGAAACGAAUUCAUUCAGGGGAAAAACCUUAUACAUGCAAAGAAUGUGGGAAGAGUUUCAGUGAUCCAUCAUCUUUCAAAGUACAUCAGCGCCGUCAUUCAGGGGAGAAACUCUAUUGUUGUGAAGAAUGUGGGAAAAGCUUCAACCAGAAGAGUGUUCUUACAGUACAUCAGAGAAUUCAUACAGGAGAGAAACCCUAUAAAUGUGAAGAAUGUGGCAAAAUGUUCUCCCAACACUCUAACCUCAGAGUACACCAACGAAGUCACUCCGGAAAAAAAACGUAUGCAUGCGAUCAAUGUGGGAAAUGUUUCACCCGUCUCUGCAAUUUAACCAUACAUCAGCUCUCACAUUCACGGAAGAAUCCCGAUUGUUGUGAAGAAUGUGGGAUAGGCUUCACAGCUGAGUCACCCUUCACAGCACAUCAACAACUUUAUACUGAGGAGAAACCAUAUAAAUGUGAGGAAUGUGGGGAAAGAUUUCUCUGGUUGUUCAAUCUGGGAGAACACAAGAAAAUUCACUCCAGUCAGAACUUCUAA